UCGUAAUAAAUAAAUUUUAUAAAUUAAAAGUAAUCGGAGUUUUAUUCAUAGAAUAUUGCUAAAAUUUCAGAAGUGGAAUUCGAACCUAUUCGGCAUUAUGAGCGAUAAUAAUUUGUCUGAGUUAUCCACAGCGCAAUUAAAAUCGUGGUUAAAAUCGCUUGGACAAAAAACAAACGGUAACAAAUCAACCCUCAUUUUACGUUUGGAAUCCGUUCCCGUUAACGAGCGUGGAUCCAACCCACCCGAAACAACGGAAACAUCAAAAGACAUAGAAGCAGCUGCAGCUGCAUACGGAGACAAUGAAAGCGACAACGAUCCAGAGGCAUCUGUUCAAACGAAGGGGAAAGACAAAGAAAACGAUGGAAACCAACACCAAGAAGACGAUGAUGAUGUUGAAGAUGCAGAUAACAAAAUGCCAACCACAGACCAGAAACACAACGACAACAAACAAAACAAUUUUAUGAAGAAGGAGAUAGAACUGAUGCAGAGAGAAAUCUGCAUACAACGGAAAGAAAUCGAAUUGCUGAGAACUGAAAAUGAGUGCUUAAAGAAUGAAAGAAAAGGAGAAGAAAAUAAACUCUCAAAUGAGCUACAAAAGAGAGAGAAAGAGUGUUUGCAUUUAAAAAAAGAACUACAAGUGCAACGUGAACAAAACGAAAUAUUGAAAAAAGAGUGUGACAAAAAGAAUAUAGAAAAAGAGAAUGAAAUGCAAAAUGAUUUGGUUAGCGCAAAAAAGAAAGAACCAUCAAAUGAGUGCUACAUAAGUAAUAUAAACAUGGUUAAAGAAUUAUUGUCUGACUAUGCUGGAGAAGGAGACAACUUUUCACUUUGGCAGUCUCAAAUAAAAAACAUUCAAUCAUCAUACAAUUUGGACAAUAAUAACAUGCGUGCUCUAAUUGCAGCUAAAUUAAAAGGAAAGGCUCUUCAAUGGUUGCAUUCUAAGCCAGACAUUGCAACAAUUUCCAUUGACUCAAUGCUUGAGGAGAUGAGAACUCUUUUCGAUAAUCGGACCAGCAAAUUAGAAAUUCGUCGGAAGUUUGAGUCGCGAAAGUGGCUGUCUAGCGAAAUAUUCCAGAAUUAUUUCCAUGACAAACUAAUUCUGGCCAACAAGAUGGAGUUAGCAGAAGAAGAACUCUUAGACUGCAUAAUUGAAGGUAUCCCAGAUCAUCAUUUACGUGUACAGGCGAAAAUGCACCGAUUCGUCAACAGAAAUCAACUUUUGGAAGCAUUCUCUGGAAUAUCUUUACCAAAGCCUUUUAACGCAGGCCUGCGUCCGUCAAACGAAGGCGAGCAGAAAUUACAGAUUCGUUGUUUCAACUGCAAUUCUCUGGGGCAUCUUGCUUCAGAUUGCAAAAAGCCGAAGAGAGAAAUCGGAGCAUGUCACGCUUGCGGACAGUUUGGACAUUUUGCGGCCGCAUGCUCUGCCUACAAAAAGAAGAACCAUGUUGUUCAUCAUGUGGACGAUGACGAUGAUAACCAAUUCAAUGCUUAAUUGACACGGGUAGUCCCAUCAGCCUCAUCCGCCGGAAGUUUGUACCGGAACUUAUCGAAUUAAAAUGUAACACACUAAAUUAUUUUGGUAUUAAUAAAACUAAG